UGUUAUAGAGGUUACUCAGUCAGUGUUACAUGAGGUUACUUCGUCAAUUAUAUAGGGGUUAUUUGGUCAGUGUCAAAGAAGUUUUUUGGUUAGUGUUAUAGGGGGGAUUACUUUUUUUUUUUUAACAAUCGGUGUGGUUUACCAAAUACAAAACUGGCUAAUUAAAGUGUGGUUAGAGUAACUUUCUAACGUAUGUAAACCAAGGAGGAUCGAAAAUUCCAUAUAAUUCAUAAAUGGAUAAUGUUAGAUUGAAUUAUUAUAAUAGGAGGAUUGAAAAUUCCAUAUAAUUCAUAAAUGAAUAAUGUUAGAUUAAAUUAUUAAUAAUGUAGAUAGAAAAUAAAAUAUAACGAAACCUUAUUGUAUUAUAGAUACAGUGAUUUAAUUAUCACAAAUGAUAAUUUGGUGUCUUUUAUUUCGUGGAAGGCGUAGAAAGGGUGUCAAAUAUUUGUGAGGGAAAAAUCGAUUCUCUAAAUAAGUAAAUGUUUGAUACCAACCAUCUAAUGUUCAAAAUUAGGCAUCCCGAAAAAAAAGCUAAAACCAUCAAAUACAUAUAAUUAUAAUAAGACAUAUUUGUUGUCCUCCAAAGAAUAAGGAAUCGACCUAACAUCUAAGAGUACUAUUCUAUUUUGUUUGUCUUGUUUCUAAGUUAUUCCAACUUUUGCUCUCUCCUUUCCAAUCAUAAGACAACAGGCCUUCUUAUUGGGGGAUAAAAUAAAAUUAUAAAUUGGAAAAAAUAAAGAUAGAUAUUAAGUUUGUGUAUGUUAUUCGUCAUUAGGUGCAUAAUAUUUGAUUGAAGAGAGGGAAGUCUCUCUCUUCCCAUCCUUCCAAAUGGGCUCUAGUGGAGAACUCUCUCUAGAGCAAAUAAAGAACGAGAAUGUCGAUCUUGAGCAAAUCCCAGUGGAAGAAGUAUUUCAACUAUUGAAAUGUACCAAAGAAGGCUUAAGCUCCACAGAAAAGAAUGAUAGGCUCAAAAUAUUUGGCCCAAACAAACUUGAGGAAAAGAAGGAAUCCAAAAUACUGAAAUUUCUGGGGUUCAUGUGGAAUCCUUUAUCAUGGGUGAUGGAGUUGGCUGCUAUCAUGGCUAUUGUUUUAGCAAAUGGAGGAGGCAGACCUCCAGAUUGGCAAGACUUUGUUGGAAUUGUUGUCCUACUUGUAAUCAACUCAACCAUUAGUUUCAUCGAAGAAAACAAUGCAGGGAAUGCUGCUGCCUCUCUAAUGGCCAAUCUUGCUCCCAAAACAAAGGUAUUAAGAGAUGGCAAAUGGGGCGAGGAAGAUGCAUCGAUUCUAGUUCCUGGAGAUAUUAUUAGUAUUAAGUUGGGAGAUAUUAUUCCGGCAGAUGCUCGACUCUUAGAAGGGGAUCCCUUGAAGGUAGAUCAAGCUGCCCUUACCGGUGAAUCAUUGCCUGUCACUAAGAGCCCUGGUAGCGGAGUCUUCUCCGGUUCAACCUGCAAACAAGGUGAAAUUGAGGCUAUUGUCAUUGCUACCGGUGUCCACACUUUCUUUGGCAAAGCUGCUCACUUGGUGGAUAGCACCAACCAUGUUGGCCAUUUUCAAAAGGUGUUGACUUCCAUUGGUAACUUUUGCAUCGUCUCCAUUGCUGUUGGUAUGUUGAUUGAGAUUAUAGUGAUGUUUCCCAUCCAACAUAGAAGGUACAGGGAAGGGAUUGACAACCUCUUGGUUCUUCUAAUCGGAGGGAUUCCAAUUGCGAUGCCCACGGUGUUGUCUGUGACAAUGGCUAUUGGCUCUCAUCGAUUAUCCCAACAGGGAGCUAUCACCAAGAGGAUGACAGCCAUUGAAGAAAUGGCUGGUAUGGAUGUCCUCUGUAGCGACAAAACCGGUACCCUUACUCUUAAUAAAUUAACUGUUGACAAGGCCCUUAUUGAGGUCUUCUCCAAGGGUGUAGACAGGGACAAUGUGGUCUUGUUAGGUGCGCGUGCCUCUAGAGUUGAAAAUCAAGAUGCCAUUGAUGCUUGCAUAGUUGGGAUGUUAAGUGAUCCUAAAGAGGCAAGAGAAGGAAUAGAAGAGAUACAUUUCCUACCUUUCAAUCCUGUAGAAAAGCGUACUGCCAUUACUUACAUCGACCCAAACGGAAUUUGGCAUAGGGUUAGCAAAGGUGCUCCCGAACAGAUCAUUGAGCUUUGUGACCUCAAGGGUGAGGCUUUAAAAAAGGCUCAUGCUGUGAUUGAUAGUUAUGCUGAUCGUGGACUAAGAUCUUUAGCUAUUGCUAGGCAGACCGUGCCAGAGAAAACUAAGGAGAGUAGUGGCAGCCCAUGGGAGUUUGUAGGCCUCUUGCCACUUUUUGAUCCCCCAAGACAUGACAGUGCAGAGACUAUUCGUCGGGCACUUGAUCUCGGUGUCAAUGUUAAGAUGAUCACUGGUGACCAGCUUGCUAUAGGAAAGGAGACUGGUCGUAGGCUUGGCAUGGGCACCAACAUGUAUCCUUCUUCUACCCUUGUAGGACAAAACAUGGACGAGUCUAUUGCUUCGAUUCCUGUAGAAGAGCUCAUCGAAAAGGCUGAUGGUUUUGCUGGAGUGUUCCCCGAACACAAGUAUGAAAUUGUAAAAAAGCUGCAAGAAAGAAAUCACAUUUGCGGUAUGACUGGAGAUGGUGUGAAUGAUGCCCCUGCACUAAAGAAGGCAGACAUUGGUAUCGCGGUGGAUGAUGCAACAGAUGCAGCUAGAAGUGCAUCAGACAUAGUGUUAACCGAGCCAGGCCUAAGUGUGAUAAUUAGUGCAGUAUUGACUAGUAGGGCCAUCUUUCAAAGGAUGAAGAAUUAUACCAUAUACGCCGUUUCAAUUACUAUUCGUAUAGUGUUUGGAUUUCUGCUAGUUGUCCUUAUAUGGAAAUACGACUUUCCUCCUUUCAUGGUCUUGAUCAUUGCCAUCCUCAACGACGGUACCAUAAUGACAAUAUCUAAGGAUAGGGUGAAGCCCUCACCAGUGCCGAAUUCCUGGAAACUAAAUGAGAUCUUUGUCACUGGAAUCAUUCUUGGCAGUUACAUGGCUCUCACUACUGUUGUAUUUUUCUUUAUGGCACAUGAUACUCAACUAUUCACUGAUUGGUUCGGUGUAAGACCAAUCAAGGCCAAUGAUGAUGAACUAACAGCAGCUCUAUACCUUCAAGUGAGUAUCAUCAGUCAAGCGCUCAUAUUUGUUACCCGAUCAAGGAGUUGGUCUUUUGUAGAACGACCGGGUAUUCUUCUAAUGUUUGCCUUCCUUGCUGCUCAACUAGUAGCUACACUCAUUGCAGUAUACGCUGAGUGGGACUUUGCUAGGGUGACUGGUAUUGGAUGGGGAUGGGCUGGGGUCAUUUGGCUCUACAGCAUUGUCACAUACAUACCCCUUGACAUCCUUAAAUUUGUCGCUCGUUACUCCUUAACAGGUCAAGCAUGGGACAACAUGAUCCAAAAUAAGACAGCUUUCACCACGAAAAGAGAUUAUGGCAAGGGGGAACGAGAGGUGCAGUGGGUCGUAGCUCAACGUACCCUUCAUGGUCUCCAAUCACCUGCAAAUGAUGGCUUGUUGAAUGACACCAAUAACUAUCGAGAACUGUCUGAGAUAGCUGAGCAAGCCAAAAAGCGAGCUGAAAUGGCAAGGCUGCAGGAAUUGCACACUUUAAAGGGACGCGUUGAGUCUGUGGUUAAGACCAAGGGAUUGGACAUUGAUACCAUUCAACAAAGCUACACUGUAUAAAAAUGAAGGAAUAAUUCCAAGCAUACAGAGGAAUAUGAAUGGAAGUGGAAGAUACAAAAGCAAUUAAGAUAUAGUUACUAUGUUUUAGGAAUUAACUAUUAGUUUAAAAUUUCAUGGCAUAAGGUUGUAUACUUGUAUUAGACCAAAAUUACUACACAAAAAGGGUAAAAAAUUGAAUGUCUUAUUAUAUGGAAUGAAACAAUUUUUCUGCACAUUUACUACAUGCAUUAAAUAAAAAUGAUUCAAAUCCAAAUUAAAGUACUCUAACUCAGUA